AUGGCAAGGCUUUUCCGCCUGCUGCUGGCGUGGCCCACACUUGCUACGUCGUUAUCGGUAUACAACAAGGCCCAUAUAAGCGAAGAUUCAAGGUCCCCCGAUAUCUAUGAUUACGUUGUUGUUGGAGGGGGUUUGACAGGACUGGUUGUAGCAAAUCGUCUUAGUGAGAACCCCAAGAGAUCUGUGGUCGUCGUUGAAAAUGGCUACAUUGACAGAAGUUAUGCUGUGGAAUUGCCCUAUGCCACUUUAGGUCUCAAUACUGCCGACAUGUGGAACAUCACAUCUGUAUCUGACAAACAACUCAACAACGCGACUUUCCGAGUCCCCGUCGGCUCGGUGGUUGGAGGCGGAUCGGCGGUAAACGGCAUGGCUUGUACUCGGGGCUCUAGAGCGGACUACGAUGCUUGGGAACAACUUGGCAACCCCGGAUGGGGCUGGGAUGGGCUGUUCCCAUACUUUCUGAAAAGCACCAACCUCACGCCGCCGUUACCUGAAUUUGUGGAAGAUUUUGGUGUUACCUGGAAUGACUCAGUAUGGGGCCACAAUGGACCUGUGCAAGUUGGCUUUGCGAGUGUCAUCUACCCAGAUGUCAAAGCUGUUAGAAGAUCAUGGAUUGCUCAGGGGGUGCCGAAUGUGACGGACGGCGCUUCGGGGGAUCCUUUGGGUCUCUUUUGGCUGCCAACUUCACUGGAUAGCAGCAGUGGGACGAGGUCCUCUGCCCGUGCUGCAUAUUACGACCCGAUUUCCGCUCGCCCGAAUCUACGUCUUCUCACCGGACACCGCGUAUUCAAAAUUCUUUUCAAAAACGAUGGCCUUGAUACCACCGGCGUGCUGGCAAUAUCCCGUGCAGAUAACUCCACCGUAAGAUUGUCUGCAAACAAGGAGGUGAUCCUCGCUGCUGGGGCUGUCUUUACACCACACCUUCUCCAACGGAGUGGAAUAGGCCCGAAAGAUGUCCUUGAAGCCGCGAAUGUGACAGUCAAAGCGGAUUUGCCAGCCGUUGGGUCCAAUUUCCAGGACCACCCGGUUGCAGCGAUGGCGUAUAACAUAUCCAAUCAAUCAUUCCCUAAUCCGUCAUCCAUGGUAUUAAAUGCAACCUUCAACGCUACUUCUUGGGAUGAGUACCUCCAAAAUCAUACUGGACCUUAUACCGGUGGUCGAGUUACAGGGACAGGAAAUAGUCUUGCACUACACCCACUUUCACGCCUCGCCGCUAACUAUGAGGCCGUUGCAACGAAUAUAACAUCGCAAAACGCGCUCGACUUUCUCCCGGAGAUCUAUUCGCGGAACGCGUCACUCCUUAGAGGAUUCGAAGCACAACGAGACAUUUUUAAGGAAUAUCAUCUUAUCCAAUAG